UAAAGGAUAAGAAAGACAUUAAACGCGUUAAACACGAUCUGAUGGUUUGAAUAAAAAACAACUCUUGGAGAGAUAAUAAAACUCUGGAAGAGUUGGGAAGUGAAUUGAGCUGCGGUUUGAUCAGCUUCACCUGCACUACAGGAGGAGUAUGGUGGGCACCUGUGUCUGGCUGCUGCUGCUGUCUGUCUCUCUCAGGGUGUGGUCAGUGCCCAUAGAGCGCAGUCCUAACACGCAGGACCAGAAGGCGGAGGAAAAUGUGGACACAGGGCUGUAUUAUGAUCGUUACCUGCGGGAGGUGAUCGAGGUUCUGGAGACGGAUCCUCACUUUAGAGAGAAACUACAGAGUUCAAACACAGAGGAUAUUAAAAAUGGACGCCUCAGUAAGGAGCUGGAUCUGGUGGGUCAUCAUGUCCGAACUCGGCUGGACGAGCUGAAGAGACAGGAAGUGUCUCGUCUCAGAAUGCUGCUGAAGGCCAAACUGGACAGCAGCAACAUGCAGAGUGUUCAGAUGGAUCACGUCUCCUUACUGAAGCAGUUUGAACAUCUGGAUCCUCACAAUCAGAACACCUUCGAGGCCAAAGACCUGGAGCUUCUCAUCGCUACGGCCACUAAAGACCUGGAGAAUUACGAUGCAGAGCGUCACGAGGAGUUCAAGCGAUAUGAGAUGCUGAAGGAGCACGAGAGGAGGGAGUACCUGAAGAGUCUGGACCAGGAGAAGAGGGAGAGGGAGGAGAAGAGGAUGGAGGAGAUGAAGGAGAAACACCGCCAGCAUCCCAAAGUCAAUGCUCCGGGGAGCGUGGACCAGCUGAAAGAGGUGUGGGAGGAGACCGAUGGGCUGGACCCACAGGAGUUUAACCCCAAGACCUUCUUCAAACUGCACGACACUAACGGAGACGGUGUGCUGGACGAGCAGGAGCUGGAAGCGCUCUUCACGAAGGAGCUGGAGAAGGUGUAUGACCCGAAAAACGAGGAGGACGACAUGAUGGAGAUGGAGGAGGAGAGACUGCGCAUGAGGGAACACGUCAUGAAAAACGUGGACCUGAAUCACGACCGCCUGGUCAGCCUGGACGAGUUCCUCAAAUCCACGGAGAAGAAAGAGUUCAGAAGCCCGAAUGAGUGGGAGACGCUGGACGACAAGAAGCCGGUGUACACGGAGGAGGAGCUUCAGCGCUUUGAGGCGGAGCUUUGGGAUAAACAGGUGGAGCUGAGCAGGAGGGCGGAGACUCUGAGACAAGAACAGGAGCUUCUGAAAGAGAGAGGCAAAGCGCUUGAGGCCCAAAAGAAGGAGUACCAACAGGCGGUGAUGGAGAUGUCGCAGAGACAGAAAGCCCAGCAGGCGGCAAAACAACCUCCUCCAUCAGGCCCUAACGGAGAACUGAGGUUCCAGCCGGAUGCUCAGAACCUGGCUCAGGAACAGGAUCAAGUUGGAAAGGUGCCUGUCAAUCAGAACGGAGAGGUCCAGAAUGGCCCUGCUGCUGAACCACCACAGAACCUUCCUCAACACACACCAUAACAGCUCCCAUCACAUCACUCACACACACACACACACACACACACACACAGUAUUUCUAUAAGAGAACCACUAAAAUAUAAGCAAGUGACAAAUCACACACACUUACACACACUUACACCCUGCUGCUAAACCCUCUCCUCAUCAGAACCUCUUUCUGCAGCCAUGCUUUAUCGUCCGUUUGGUUUGUGGUUUUUAAUCUUGUUUGAUCUCGAGCGAUGAUUGUCGCAUGUCAAUUAACAGUAAAUUCCUUCCUGACCUAUUUGCAUAUUAAUUUGCAUAAUUAACACACAAGUUUUUAAUGAUGUGCAAAGGAAGCGAUGCAGUUCAGCUUCUAAAGCUUUAACGUUCACCAUCGUUUAACAUCGGUUACGUAGCAUAGAUCUCCAACUAGCCGAGCUGAGCCUCACGCCAUCGUGCAGCCGCAUUGCAUUCUGGGAUAUAUUUCAUGUGUUUCAGGGUGGAGUUUCAAUAGCGUGUGAAUUUGUAUAGAAAAUUUCCAGACUGAAUAUUAGCUUUACAUUUUUUGGUGAAAGACUUUUAUUUUGAAUGUAGUCCAUUGGCUAAGACGUGUGUAUUGUGUUUCAUUUUGCACUGGAGCUACAAGACUUAACGUUGCUAACAAGCCAGCAGGUUGACAGACGUCUAGACGGCGAUCAUCUUGGAUGUUCAUAAUUACUUUAUGCUGCGUUUGACUUAUCAACGAAGCGAGGAAUUGUCAUUUUUCCUGAAAUAAGGAUGCCAUCUUUGUAGAUUUGUUUGUUAUAGAUUUAACAAGCUGUGAUUGGCCAUGCUGUUAUGAUGUCACUUCCUGUGGGGGCGUUUACUUGGGGUGGGGUGGGGGGUGGAUGUCUGUUCGCUUUUGGGCAUCAGAAAUGGUUACAUCUUUUAGUCGAAUGCAGCGUUAUUCCUCUGUGGGAUUUGAUAUGACAUCGCCCCUAUAUUGAUAGGCCACACCCCCAAAAGCUGGAUGAUGAUGAUGAUGAUGAUGAUGAUUUUUUUUUUAAUCUAGUUUCAACCUGUUGCACAUUUUGCUCUAUAAAUUGCUGGAUUGUUUGGUAAAUACUUCUGUAAACACACACACACACACACACAUAGGACAGGAAUUCUCUGGAUUCUGUUAAUUAUUUUAAUCAUAAUAAAGCUGUCAUCAGAUUCUACACUGAA